CACUAUUCUCUCGCUACUUUCUCUCUCUCUCCCUCUCUCUCUCUCUCUCUCUCUCUCUAUAUCUCUGAGAGUAACAAUGGCAGCAAGACUCUCUCACCUUGCUCCUUUUCUGGUUUUUCAUUUUCUUCUUCUCACGGUUCAAGGUUCCAGUAACCCAGAUUUUGACGCUCUCGUGACCUUCAAAACCGCUUCAGACACUUCCCAGAAGCUCACAACGUGGAAUACCAGCAGCACCAACCCCUGUUCCUGGAGCGGCGUGUCGUGCAUUGGCGACCGUGUCUCGCGACUCGUUCUCGAAAACCUCGACCUCCAAGGCUCCAUUCAUCCCUUGACUUCUCUAACUCAGCUCCGAGUUCUCAGUCUCAAAGGAAACCAUUUCUCCGGUCCCGUUCCCGACCUCUCCAACCUCACCGCCCUCAAACUCCUCUUCUUGUCUCGCAACGCCUUCUCCGGCGAGUUUCCAGGCACCGUCACGUCGCUCUUUCGCCUCUACCGACUCGAUCUGUCCAACAACAACUUCUCCGGCGAGAUUUCGGCGACGGUCUCCCACUUGACCCACCUCCUCACUCUCCGCCUCGACGGAAACAAGUUCUCCGGCCACAUUCCUGCCUUCAACCUCCCCGACCUCCAAGAAUUCAACGUCUCCGGCAACCGCCUCUCCGGCGAGAUACCCAAAACGUUAUCAAGUUUCCCCGAAUCAUCGUUCGGGCAAAACCCGUUUCUCUGUGGUGCUCCAGUUAAAAAAUGCGCAUCCGACCCAACCAAACCCGGAUCAGAAGGCGCCAUUGCUUCGCCGUUGUUACCACAGAACCAUAACAGCCCAACGCCUACGGUAUCAUCUUCACCAAGCUCAAUGCCAAAAACGUCAACACCAACGUCAAGUAGUAAAAGCCACGAGAAGGGUGCUUCUAAAAUAAGCCCAGUGGCGCUUAUAGCUAUUAUAGUUGGUGAUGUUUUGGUUCUUGCAAUAGUGUCUUUGCUUUUGUAUUGUUACUUCUGGAGAAACUACAAGUUAAAAGAAGGGAAGGGAACGAAGCUUUUUGAGAGUGAGAAGAUUGUGUAUUCGUCAAGUCCGUACCCUGCUCAGGGAGGGUUUGAGAGGGGUCGCAUGGUGUUCUUCGAGGGUGAGAAAAGGUUUGAACUAGAGGACUUGCUGCGAGCAUCUGCGGAAAUGCUUGGAAAGGGAGGGUUUGGGACCGCGUACAAGGCAGUGCUCGAUGAUGGGAACGUGGUUGCGGUGAAGAGACUGAAGGACGCGCAGAUUACAGGGAAGAGGGAAUUCGAGCAACACAUGGAGGUGUUGGGAAGGUUAAGGCAUCCAAAUAGCGUUAGUUUGAGAGCUUACUAUUUUGCGCGCGAGGAGAAGUUGCUGGUCUAUGAUUACAUGCCCAAUGCCACCUUGUUCUGGCUCCUUCACGGGAACCGAGGACCCGGACGAACCCCACUGGACUGGACCACGAGGCUGAAAAUAGCAGCGGGAGCGGCGAGAGGUGUGGCUUUCAUUCAUAACUCGUGCAAGUCCAUUAGACUCACCCACGGUAACAUCAAAUCCACCAACGUCUUACUCGACAAGCAGGGCAACGCGCACGUGUCUGAUUUUGGGCUCUCGGUUUUCGCGGGGCCAGGCCCAUUGGGUGGGAGGCCCAACGGCUAUCGCGCGCCGGAAGCAUCGGAUGGUCGAAAACAGACCCAGAAGUCUGACGUGUACUCUUUCGGUGUGCUCCUACUGGAGAUUCUAACUGGGAAGUGCCCCUCCGUGGUGGAGAGUGCAGGUAGUGCUUACGGUGGGGUGGUGGACCUGCCCAGGUGGGUCCAGUCAGUGGUGAGGGAAGAAUGGACAGCUGAAGUGUUUGAUUUGGAACUGAUGAGGUAUAAGGAUAUUGAGGAAGAGAUGGUGGGGCUGCUUCAGAUUGCGAUGACGUGUACCGCAGCUGCACCUGAUCAACGGCCCAGGAUGAGCCACGUGGUGAAGAUGAUUGAGGAGUUGCGUGGGGUCGAGGUGUCGCCGUGUCAUGACUCGACGGACUCUGUUUCCGAGUCACCUUCCAUGUCUGAAGAUGCGUGUGGAACGAGUCAGUGAAAUAAGGGACUAGGUGCUAACUAGGUUGUGUGGAUGGUUGGUGGUAGUAUUGUAAAUCAGAUUAUUGAGGGUUUUGUUUUCCUAAUUAUUUUUAGUCUCGUAUAUGUUUGAUGCUUGUCCUUCGCUCACUUUCCUAAAUGCCAAGAUUGAUUUUGGUUU